UUUUUAGUUUUUAUCAAACCUUGCAAGUGGUUGAAAAAUCACAGUUAUGUGAGACUGAAACACUUGCUUGUGUUGUGUUAGGGUUCUAAGAAAUGAACAAACAAGAUUCUGAACAAAAACCAACUCAACCACGCCAUAGUUCAGACCACAAAGAUCAAAAGUAUGAAGAAGAAGAAGAAGAUAACAUAGAGCAAAGUACUAGCAAAUCCCCUUCACCACCGCUUCACUCUUUCUCAGACUCACCAAUUUCCGACGAUCAUCGUUCCCUCCCUCUAGUCGUGCAACCGCCGGUGGUAACUGCUCACAGAUUCCAGGUUGAGCCAGCGGUCAUCACCAAGGUAGAUCCCGGUGCAGAAGAGGGUUUCGUCGGGGUAAAAGAGGUUGAACGAGAAAAAUCCGCCACCGGCGGCGAUGGUGGUGACGGUGGUGGUCGGAGAUUAAGACCGGACGUUUCAAGUUUGUUGAGGUCUGAGAAAGUUGCGAAUUUGAAUAAGUUUUUGUUGGGCCUUAGAAUUGGUGGAUUUGUUUUCUGCUUGGUUUCUUUUUCUGUGUUGGUUGCUGAUAGGAAAAAGGGUUGGGCUCUUGACUCUUUCUAUUUGUACAAAGAAUUCAGGUAUAGCUUAUCUGUGAAUGUGAUUGGGUUUGUGUAUUCGGGGCUGCAGAUAUGUGAUCUAGUGAAGUACUUGAUCAGUAGAAAGCAUAUAGUGGAGCAUAGAUUACAGGGUUACUUCACUUUUGCAUUGGAUCAGAUCUUGACAUACCUUCUAAUGUCUGCAUCUUCAUCGGCUGCCACUAGAACUUAUGACUGGGAGUCCAACUGGGGUCAUGACAAGUUUCCGUUCAUGGCGAAUGCAUCUGUGGUCUUGUCCUUCAUUGCUUUUGUGGUAUUUGCCUUGGCCUCUCUAGUCUCGGGUUCUAUCCUUUGUAAGUUCUGAUCAUUUAUACUUUAUAUGAAUAUUGCAAAUGGAUUCAAAGUAUCCAAUGUUCUCAGAAAAAAAAUACUCUGUACAUAAAAUUCACAUCCUGCUGGUGUUGUUUUUACAUUGUAAAAAUACAGAUGUGAUUGCUUACAACUUGUUGAGCUAGCAUUACCAUAUCUUGUACUUUUUGUAUUUAUUAAGAUGAUAUGUGAUGUCAAAGAUCAAACUACCAACGUGUUUUGGGAAGAUGCAAGGGUGAUUAUUGAUUAUGAUUA